AUGCUUCCGGGGAAGGGAAGAGCUAACGCAGGGUUCACCUGCGCCAGAGGGAGGUGGUGUGGGCCGGGCCAGGGUGGGCCACUAUCUGCGCCUGACUCCAUCCUGAGGCCCUUUUACCAGGGUCCUGUUGGGGAGCCCACCAAGUACCGCCUGUCCCAGGAUGACCGUGAAGGCCUGCAGCAGCUCUACGGGAAAGGACCCCAGACCCCAUAUGAUAAGCCCACAAUGAAACCCCUGGCUCCUCCUCCCCCGCCCCCUGCCCUGCCCCCAGGCAGCCCCUCCCUUCCUGUCCCUGAUCGAUGUGAUGGCAAUUUUGAUGCUAUCGCCAACAUCCGUGGGGAAACCUUCUUCUUUAAAGGCCCCUGGUUCUGGCGCCUCCAGCCCUCAGGACAGCUGGUGUCCCCCCGGCCUGCCAGGCUCCACCGCUUCUGGGAGGGGCUGCCCCCCCAGGUGACUGUCAUCCAGGCUGCCUACACCCGGCACCCAGACGGCCGAAUCCUACUCUUCAGUGGCCCGCAGUUCUGGGUGUUCCGGGACCGGCAGCUAGAGGGCGACGCGCGGCCGCUGGCCGAGCUGGGGCUGCCCUGCGGGGAGCAGGUGGACGCCGCGUUCUCUUGGCCGCUGAACGGGAAGACCUACCUGGUCCGGGGCCACCGCUACUGGCGGUACGACGAGGCGGCCGCGCGCCCGGACCCUGGCUACCCGCGCGACCUGAGUCUCUGGGAGGGGGCGCCUCCCAGCCCCGACGAUGUCGCCGUCAGCAACGACGGUGCCACCUACUUCUUCAAGGGCGCCCACUACUGGCGCUUUCCCAAGGGCAGCGUCAAGGCCGAUCUGGACUCCCCGCAGCCCAUGGGCCCCCAGUGGCUGGACUGCCCGGCCCCCAGCGCUGGCCCUCGCUACCCCAGACCCCCCAAAGCGACUCUCAAGCCCGAACCCUGCAAUUGUCAUUGCGAGAUCAACCAGGCCGCUGGGCGCUUGUCCUCGUCUUCGUCGUCGGUGACCCUCCUGCUGCUCCUUCUGCCCCUGCUGGUGGGGGACAUCACCUCCCGCUGAGGGGGGACAGGCCGCUCCACGGCGGGGCCGGUUCUCCCACCACCGGCCUGUACAGUGUAGGGGGUGGUGAUGGCCUGUGGGGGGUGGUGAUCGCUGCCCUGCCCCAUCCUCUGUUCCCUGGGCGGGCCCAGCAAGGUGGGUGGAGCUAAGCCCUGGG